AUGGCGCCCGUAUCGCUAGAAGACAACGUGCCUUCAAAGGGAAGAGAGUUGACAACUCGUAUCGUUCCCGCCAUCGAGGAAGAGCGGAAAACGACGUGGCGGCAUUUCUUCUGGGAUGCGUGGGACAAGACGCCCGAAGAGAGAAGGCUGAUUUUCAAGGUGGACAUCACUCUAAUGACCUUUGGAUGUCUUGGAACGUUUAUCAAAUCCAACUUGAACACGGCGUUUGUGUCUGGAAUGAAAGAGGAAAUGUCACUUUACGGGAAUGUUCGAACUUCUCACACGCAGGAAGCCGAGAUGAUCACUGUUCUGAUAAGAAACAGGAACUCAAUUACGCCAACACCGCGACUGUGGCCUGUCAGCAUUGCCCUGACUCGUUCGACCCCGAGAUACUUCAUACCACUCAUGGAAACAGGAUGGACCAUAUGCACUCUGGGUCAAGCCUUCAUGCGUACUCCGCUGCAAAUGUACGUCAUGAGAUUCUUGUUGGGUCUUUUUGAAACGUGA